CAUCGAGCCAACAUCUCUCUCCCUGACCAACUGAGCAGCUGUGGUUGUCUGUGAUCUUGAGGAUUAGAAUUGGCAGGCAAGAGGAAUACACAGUGAUUAUUUGAUCUUAUCAAUCACUAGGUAGAUCAUUUUUGGUUUUAAGCUUUUGACUUUAAGAAAAUUCGUCAGAUGCAGCCGCGGCGGGGUAGUGACCAAGAGUAUUGAUUAAUCGUGUGAAAAUGCAUUUUUAAGUACUAGUACAAACACAUUGUACUCGAACCUUCACCCUGAAGUACAACACGUUUAAAGCGAUAGCUGUGAACAGAUCAGAUUUACGGUGAAGAACUAGCAAUAUUGUAUCAUCAAGAUCGUCAAACGAUUAGAAAAGCAGAUCGGUGGCAUGUUUAGUAUACUGUCGGAAAAUAUUUAUCGACGAUCCAAUAACUGAGCGGUCACUCAAAUUGAUCACCAAACCAAUUGAUCAGUGUUAAUGUUAUCGUCUACACCUAAUCUCGAAAGAUUAGUUAAAUCUAGUACAACACGGACUUCGGACAGACAUUUUAUCGUAGUUUUCACAUUAGAAAGGACAGAAGGUCGUAGCGAACGCUAAAUAGUGAAAGUUGUGUGCAAACGAAAUAUGCACAACGAAUAAAACACGAGAAAAAAAACAGCUCAAUUAAAAGUGUUAAAAUCUACUGAUCGUGUGACAACGGGCCAUUCAGCAGCCGCUUCUACCUGAAAACCUCUUUCGCGCAAUUCGCAACACCACGCCACAGUUCUUAGCAGCUGUUCAUUAAAUCAAAACCUAACUAGUCCAAUUGACGUUUACUCUUACCGGAAGGCAAGGAAAAACACACACCCGCACGCCUACAUAGGAUGGUAGAAGGAGAAACCGAUUCCAGUAAUUCAACUUAUAUCAAUGUAAGAGACGACAGAGUAGCAAACGGCGUCGGUUCCAAAGAGCACCCGCAAACCGUCGUGGUUCCGUUGGAAAAAUUAAGCAAGGCGGAUCAUAUCCACCAGACUGGCCUGCAAAUCGUUGCCUCGAAGCAACCGGAAAAGUCGUCGCUCGACCCCGAGCGAGGCUACUCCAGCAAAGCUGACUUCGAGCAAGCGAUAGAGCUCACUGGUUAUGGCAGAUUUCACUACAUCCUAUUAGCAAUAUGUGGUCUCGUGAGCACCAGCGAGGAGAUGGACGUCAUAUCGAUGUCCUUCAUCCUGCCGUCAGCUCAGUGCGAUCUCGAUUUGAAUACUCAGUCCAAAGGAUGGCUCAAUUCGAUUAUCUUCAUUGGUAUGAUGGUUGGAGCCUAUGUUUGGGGAAGCGUUGCCGACUCGCUGGGUAGAAAGAAGGUGCUCAUUGUUAUCUCAAUCAUGAACGCACUCUGCAUUGUUGCCUCCUCCUUCUCACAGUCAUACGAGGUGUUUAUGGUUUUCCGUUUCCUAAAUGGAGCCGCACUGGGAGGUAGUGGGCCAGUCAUUUGGUCAUACUUUGCCGAGUUUCAGCCGAAAGCAAAACGAGGUUCGAUGCUUAGCUUUAUGGCAGCUUUCUGGACUAUCGGGAAUCUGCUAGUAGCCGGCCUUGCUUGGCUAAUUAUUCCGAGUUCUAUCGGAAUUUACACUCCAAGCUUUACCUAUAACUCGUGGCGUAUCUUUUUGAUGGUGUGCUCGAUUCCAUCGUUUAUUGUUGCUGCACUUCUUCUCUAUCUACCAGAAUCACCCAAAUUUCUGAUUUCACAGGGAAAAACCGAAAAAGCUUUAGCCAUUUUCCGUGGUAUAUAUUCGACCAACACUGGAAAAUCGCCUGAUCUGUAUCCCGUAAAAGAACUUCUAAUAGACGAAAAACUGAAAAAUGAACUGGAGGAAGUUAAAAAGCCAAUUAAGAACAAGUACAAACGAAUGUUGUUCAACAUCAUGGAUAACAGCAAGCAGCUGUUUGUAUCACCAAUUCUCAAGUUCACCACAAUUUCAAUCACGAUCAACUUUACCUUCCAUAUUGGCUACUACGGCCUGAUGAUGUGGUUCCCUGAGUUAUUCAAUCGCUUCGAUGAGUUUACCCGUGCGCACCCGGAUGUGGAAAAAGCAUCGGUGUGCGUAGUCACAGAUUACGUCGUUCAACACGGUUCGCACUCCGAAAUCGGUGUUUGCUCAGCCAACAUUCCCAGUACAGUAUUUCUGGAAUCGCUCAUUACCGUAGCUGCAGCACUGCCUGCCAACAUAUUGGCAGUACUUGGCAUGGACAAGCUCGGUAGAAAGUUUUUCCUUGUAUUCAGCACAAUGGCUGCCGGUUUAUGUUCGGCGUCGAUGUAUUUAGUUACCAAUAAGCACCAGAAUCUCGCAGUUUCGGCUGUUUUCAGUGGUGUUAUAUCGAUGGGUAAUGCGUCGCUUGAUUGUUUAAUUACGGAAGUAUUUCCGACCAAUUUAAGAGCUACGGGUGUAGCUAUCUCCAUGGUAGCAGCACGUCUUGGAGGUAUCAUCGGAAACGUCGUGAUUGCAACACUGCUGGAUAUGUACUGUCCAGCUCCAACCUUCAUCGUGGCGGCACUUCUUGCUGGUGGUGGUCUUAUGUGUCUGUUCUUACCAAACACUACGAGGACAGCACUCUCCUGACCGUCUCAGCACUCGUACAAAACAUAUUCUAGGUCUUCUAAAACAAAAAAGUCCCUAUCCUUAUCUGAAAACAUUUCUAAGAAACUCAUGGAUUAAGCAUUGCAGCCAAUUAUUACUAUUAUUCUACAGUUACUUUUGCACUUUUCCAUUUAUUCUUUCACUAACAGAAAAUCUCAGAUCACCACAAUAGAUCUUGCAAUUGAUGAAUUUACACUAGAGUUAAGCCAUGUGCAGAUUGUUUGUACAAGAUAAAUUUGCUGAUUGAAGCAAAUGAUAACUAUUAGAAACUACGUGCAUAAAUGUUAUAAUUUGUACCACUAUUUAGAUUAUAAAAUAGAGCAAAAUAAAACUAAACUUAAAAACGUUAAGAAAGAUGA